UCGCAUAUUUGUUUAUAACAAAAUUUGUGUUAACUUCAAGGUUUGCUACAACUUUACUUUGAAAAAAAAAAGAAAGAAAAGAUGUUUGAUGUAGCGCUUGCUAGUGCGGGUGCAUCAGUUAUUCUAGCUACAUCCAGCGAUGAUAAAUAUCCUCCAGAAAAUAUGUUAGACGGGAACACAGAAACUUUUUGGACAACUACUGGACUGUUUCCACAAGAAUUUAUCAUCAAGUUUGAAACAGUGAUGACUAUUGAGAAGGUUCAUAUAUCUUCAUAUAAUGUUCGAAAGAUGAGAUUGGAAGUAAGUGAACAUGAUGUUGAAGACAAAUUUGAAAUACUUAAUGAAAGGGAAUUUGAAGCCACAGAUUCCCAACUACAGGAAGAAGAUUUUAAAGUAGGCAACCGACGGGCCCUGUCACUGCGUGUUGUGAUAGAAUCGGGAUAUGAUCAUUUUGUGUCCAUACACAAAGUCACCGUGAACGGCAACGCAUUGCAUGGAUGAAAACAUCAGUGACUUUCAUACAUUCCAUUUUACCAUGUGAUAGAUGACACUCCGUCCAAAUUUUAUUAUUUAUCACUCUACUCAACAGCAGUAGUGUCCGAGGUCUAAUUUUUUUAUAAAGUAAAUCAAAUACAUUUUAAAGCUGCAGUCGUACUGUCUCAUUAUUUAGUAACACACAAUACAAACACAGUUUUAUUCUUAAUAAACUCUGUAUUUUUACUGUGAAUGAAUAUCAUCCACUAUAUGAUACAAGAAAUAAAUAUUGUGUGAUAACUUAAUUAAACAGUCAAACUUGUACUGUCCUUGUUCCAUUAUGACUAACGGCGACUAAGAUUGGAGAUGUCAGCCCAAAGAAGUUGAAUAUAAUUGUGUAUCACAGGAAGAAUAACUGGAUAAUCUACUAUUAUUCUAAAUGCUUAAAUAUAAAGACAUUCUCCAGAUUACUGCUUUAACAAUAGUAUGUUAAAUAAAACUUGAUAUGGUUUGUUAGAAAAAUGUUUGAGCUAUCAUAUAUACAUUUACAGUUAGAAAAAUGUUUGAGCUAUCAUAUAUACAUUUACAGUCUUUUCAGUUAAAGCUCAUGUCUUUUCUGUUGCAUAUAAAAUUAGUUUGGAGCUUUCACAAAACCCAGGAUGACCAGUACCACGAUGGAUUGGCAAACAUCGAUAAUUUGAGCAAAAUAUUGUAAAUAAUGUGUAUGUUAAUGGUAAACAAAUCUACAACUCAAACUUGACAGUGACACUGAUGACAGUUGGUGUUGCUGGGAUAUGAAUUGCCACAGUACAGGGGCUUUACCCAUGGCAGUCUUUAGCUACUGGAUCAAAAUUAUUGCAGGGAUGAUUUUUGGUUUUUAAUUUUGUGUUUAUUUUUUUCAAAAGUUACUAGUUUAGACUAGCUGUAGGCAGAUUUAAACUUACUAUAGGUGAGCAUUUCUUCUGGGUCAAAAACCUGAUGUAGGUAACAAAUCCGUAAGAUCCAAGCCCUGCCAAAUUUACACUGUGAACUAACUAGGAUCCGCAGCUUUAAGGAAAUGAAAAGUUACUGGGAUAAACUAAAAUAGACUUUCCGUUGGUGUGGUAAUGUAAGUAUGUAAACAAAUGUUGCAUUCUUUAACAAUAGUGUUAAGAAUUGGAGACUUGCUGUUUGUGAUGUGACCACCAGCUGACCAGUUGUUUGGCGUUUUUCCCAAGAUCGUGUAUAUAUUUUUUUAAUAAAGCUAAUUCGGUGA